AGAACACCUGAUCCCUGGCUCGCUGGCUGACUACCCGAGUAAUCGAGAAACUAAUGAUUUAAAGAAAUCUCUAUUGAUGGACUGAUUAACGCGGUAGAGUCUAGUUAUUUUUGAGAGAUGAAUUCGUCCGUGUUACCACUUCGAAAAGGAAUAGGGAGAACUCUGAAAUCUUGUUAUCACCUCCAUUACCAACUCCCAUGGAAUCAUAUUUUGCAGCAAUGUAUUGGUCGAACGGUCAUCAAUUUUAUACCUCUUCAAUUGUUUCACCAGUUCCAAGGAUCGAGAACGUCCAAUUGCAGUCUGGAAAGAUUCGCAAUGUGACAUGGGAACAAGAGUCCGCCUUCUGCAGUAAACAUGACUUUACAGUUAUCUUCGGUGGACAAGAGAAUAAACCGCUUGAAAUGAUCAUCGUUCAGGGUGAUGAGAAGAAGUAUUCCCUGAGAAGUAAAGUAGAAAAUCAAUUGAUCUUUACAAUCUCACAUAGAAACAGAUUCUCUCUACCGAAGUUGGAACACAUAAUCACUGAAGAUGUUGGUGAAGGGGAUUCCGUUUCGACAGAAGUGAUGAGCAGUGAAGCGGUUGGAGAAGAGGCUUCCAGUUCGACAGAAGACACAGUUAAAAACCAAAAUGUGGAUGAGGAUUCCAGUACAACAGGAUAUCAAACAUUCAGGAAAAUGGAUAUGAGGCUUCCAUUUCGACAGUCAUUUUUUCCAGAGGGCAUAUCCACGACAAGCGCUACGCAGACAGGUUCUAGCCUCCUAGAAUGGAAUUCACCUCAGUUUAGACAUUUAGUUAUAAUAUGCAUUGUCGGAUUGGUUCUC